GAGAUUUUCCAUGCUGCUUCCCCAAACUCCAGAAAUUAAGUGUAUCUGAUAGUACUACCACUUUCUUUUCUCUACCUAUAAAUUCACACUGAGUGUGUCUUCCUUCACCAAGCAGUAGCACAUUCACACUUACAAUAGUUAAGAUCUGCCAUGGCAACUAGCAAAAAAGACAAAGCCAUAGGCAUUGACCUUGGAACAACCUACAGCUGCGUCGCCGUGUGGAACCACAACCGUGUUGAGAUCAUUCCAAAUGAACUAGGCAACCGCACCACCCCUUCCUACGUCGCCUUCACCGACACGGAAAGGCUAAUGGGUGAUGCUGCCAUCAACCAAUUAGCCCUGAAUCCACACAACACUGUUUUUGACGCCAAACGUUUGAUCGGUCGGCGAUUCUCCGACCGAUCAGUCCAGCAAGACAUGAAACUCUGGCCUUUCAAGGUUGUCCAGGGAACAAGAGACAAGCCCAUGAUUUCUGUCACCUACAAGGGCGAAGAGAGAAAGCUUGCAGCUGAGGAGAUAUCUUCCAUGGUGUUGUUCAAGAUGAAGGAGGUUGCUGAAGCUUAUCUGGGUCAUGAAGUGAAACGUGCUGUGAUCACUGUCCCUGCUUACUUCAACAACGCUCAGAGGCAGAGCACUAAGGAUGCAGGGGAAAUUGCAGGGUUCGAUGUGAUGAGGAUCAUCAAUGAGCCAACUGCAGCUUCUAUUGCUUAUGGAUUGGACAAGAAGGGAUGGAGAAAAGGUGAACAGAAUGUGCUGGUGUUUGAUCUUGGUGGUGGUACUUUUGACGUUUCAUUGGUGACUAUCGAUGAAGGAAUUUUUAAGGUUAAUGCCACAGUGGGAGAUACCUAUUUAGGUGGUGUGGAUUUUGAUAACAAUUUGGUGAACUUUCUUGUGGAUUUUUUUCAGAGGAAGCACAACAAGGAUAUCACUGAGAAUGUUAAAUCAUUGAGGAGGCUAAGAUUAGCUUGUGAGAAAGCUAAGAGGAUUUUGUCUUCAACUUCCCAAACCACCAUUGAGCUUGAUUCUCUCUGUGGAGGGAUUGAUCUACAUGUCACUGUUACGCAGGGUUUGUUCGAGAAAUUGAACAAGGACUUGUUCGAGAAGUGCAUGGAGAUAGUGGAGAAGUGUUUGGUUGAGGCAAAGAUUGGUAAAAGUGAAGUCCAUGAGCUUGUUCUUGUAGGUGGGUCAACCAGAAUUCCAAAAGUUCAGCAAUUGUUGAAGGAGAUGUUCAGUGUCCAUGGCAGAGUCAAAGAGCUUUGCAAAAGCAUCAAUCCUGAUGAAGCCGUGGCAUAUGGCGCGGCGGUUCAAGCAGCAAUUUUGAGCUCUGAAGGAGACAAGAAAGUGGAGGAGCUGUUGUUGUUGGAUGUAAUGCCACUCAGUCUUGGGAUUGAGGUUGUUGAGGGUGUUAUGAGUGUGUUGAUUCCAAAGAACACCACAAUCCCCACCAAGAAAGAGAGAACUUUCAGAACAACUUCUGAUAAUCAGACCAGUGUUUGGAUCAAAGUGUAUGAAGGAGAAGGAGCGAAGACAGAUAAAAACUUCUUUCUUGGGAAGUUUGAGCUUUCAGGGUUCUCUCCAGCACCAAAAGGAGACACAGAGAUCAAUGUUUGCUUUGAUGUGGAUGCUGAUGGCAUUGUGGAGGUUUCUGCUGAAGAUAUGAGCUUGCGGUUGAAAAAGACGAUCACGAUCACCAACAGGCUGGGAAGACUGAGCCAGGAAGAGAUGAGGAGGAUGGUGAGAGACGCGGCGCAGUAUAAGGCAGAGGAUGAGGAGGUGAGGAAGAAGGUGAAAGCGAAGAACUCUCUUGAGAACUAUGCCUAUGAGGCGAGGGACAGAGUGAAGAAGCUUGAGAAGAUGGUGGAGGAAGUUAUUGAAUGGCUUGACAGAAACCAAUUGGCUGAAGCUGAGGAGUUUGAGUAUAAGAAGCAGGAGUUGGAAAAGGACAUGCCUUUUGUAUGAUUAAUACGCUUGUGUUUAGAUACCAAUUAAGCAGGAGUUGAAUGCAGUUUACUUUUUACUUCCAAGGAACACUGAUGUUAGUUAGCAUUGAAGCCAAUGAGCAUCCAAACAUCAUGGUAUGUAAAAGAUGGAAGAACUAGUUUAAUUACUCUUAAGUCUUAACUGAGUCCGAAGCAAUGUAAAAUAGUUCCAGCUUCGUGAUUUCAUCAAGCAUUUUGAGUGUGAGUAUGGGUUUCUAUGAUGCAGUUAUAAUGGUUUAUAUCUAUCAAGUGAAAUUACUUGUGAUACUGUGGAUGCAAGUGCAAGUGAGUGUUGGGUUUGUUACCUUUGUGAUGGUGUUUGUGUAAUCAACUGAGAAAGAUCCAACACAAAGAAAUCUUAUAUAGACCACCAGCAUCAUGGUUAAAACAGAGGGAUUUUUCUUUCAUAA